CCCCCUCCUCCCCCUCUCUCUCCUCCCUAUCUCUGCCCCCCUCCGCGCUCCCGCAGUCUCCGCUGCUGUUCCAGGCGCAGUCUCCGCUUCGUCCGCGCCGUCCCCCCUCGCCUUCUUGUUGACGCCAUCAGCAGCAAGCAGCAGCAUCGGCAGAUCAGCAGCAGCAGCAUCAUCAUCGGCGAGACGAGGGCAGCAUGGCAGACGAGGCGACGGACAUCCCUCCCGAGCUCGCAGACAGCGUCAAGGAGGUGAUGGGCCGCGUGAAGAUCGGCCUGAAGAGGAGGGUGAAGCUGGAACUGCGUGCCGACCGCGUGGAGCACCGCGUGCUGAUCCUGACCGCGUGCCGCACGUUUCUGCUGACUGCCCGCGUCCCUUCCAAGGUGGAGACUUCUUUCCACUUCCUGGACAUAGAAUCGCUGACGAGUGUGAAGCCGUGCCAGCUGCUGAUCGACACGGAUCGGCAGUCCUUCCCCUUCAAGCUGGCGUCGCAGGAGGAGACCGAUCAAAUCGUCGGCUACGUCGGCUGCUCCCUCAAGAAGCUCUUCCCCGGGGCGUCCCCCAUGAGGUUGAUGCAGAGGGUGGUGGUGGAGCCGCAGGAGCGGCUGGCGCGGCUGCAGGCCGUGUGGGAGAGCCACUUGCCCCCCGAGCCAGGCCCGUGCGGCGGCUUCUCCCAGAUGUACGCGUGUCUGUGCGAUUACUACAACCUGCCUUACCGCGAGGAGGUGCAGUGGGACGUGGACACCAUCUACCUCUCCCAGGACACCCACGAGCUUAACCUGCAGGACUUCAGCCACCUGGACAAUCGGGACUUGGUACCGAUUGUGGCUGUGCUGGAGUUUAACCAGUGGUUCACCAAACUAUUGGCACAGGACCUGAAGUUGGGCUCGGAAGUGAGCGAGCAAGUCCUCCGGGCCGUUGCGCGCUCCACGCAACUCCAGGAACUUCUGUUGGAGAAUGCCGGCCUCAAGACGGACUUUGCUCAGAAGCUGGGAGUGGCCCUGGCGCAGAAUGGCGGCACGGCCCUGCACAGCAUCAGCCUCGCGGGCAACGCGCUCGAGGACAGAGGUGCCGCCUGCUUGAGUGGAGCCCUGGGGAAGCUGGGAAAAGGACUCGCCCUGCUCAACCUCUCCCGCACCGCCCUCACCGCCAAGGGCGUCAACACCCUGGCCCAGGCGCUGUCCAGCGCGCCGGUGACCGCCUCCACGCUCACUCACCUGGACCUGUCGGGGAACGCUCUGCGGGGAGACGACCUCACCCAUCUGCACAGUUUCCUGGCGGUGCCCAAUGCCCUCGAACACCUCGACCUAUCGGCGACCGACUGCGCCGUGGACUCGCUGUUCGGUCCCUUCCUGCGUGGCUGUUGCCAUCACCUGGCGCACAUCAACCUCUCUAGGAACGUGUUUUCACAGAGACGAACGAGAGACAUCGCCCCGUCGUGCAAGCAGUUCUUCUGCAGCUCCCUUGCGCUGCGUCACCUCGGCCUCUCCGGCACCAAGCUGCCAGCCGAGGCCGUCAAGGCGCUGCUGCUGGGCCUCACCUGCAACCAGCACGCGCGCGACGUCUCGCUCGACAUCAGCAGCACCGAGCUGGGUCACUGUCUAAGGUCAGCGGGUGCGCAAGUUUUGGAAGGGUGCAUCGCAGAUGUACACAACAUCAGCAGCCUGGACGUGUCCGACAAUGGCCUGGAGUCCGACCUGGCCACGCUAACCGUUUGGCUGUGCAAGAACCGCUCCAUCAAGCAUUUGGCGCUGGGCAGGAAUUUCAGCAACAUGAAGCCCAAGAACGUGGCACCGGUUCUGGAUAACAUCGUGCAGAUGAUCCAGGACGAAGACUCGCCUCUGCAGUCGUUGUCCUUGGCGGACUCCAAGCUCAAGGCGGACCUCACCAUCGUGAUCAACGCCCUGGGAAGUAACACGUCGCUGACGCGCGUCGACCUCAGCGGGAACAGCAUGGGCGACAUCGGGGCCAAGAUGCUGGCCAAGGCCCUGCAGAUCAACACCAAGCUGAGGACUGUGAUCUGGGAUAAAAACAACACGACCGCACAAGGCUUCCAGGAUGUGGCGGGAGCCCUGGAGAAGAACUACACGCUGCGGUACAUGCCGACCCCGGUGAACGACGCCUCCGUGGCCCUGAAAGCGAAUCCCGAGAAAACGGAAGAGGCCCUCCAGAAGAUCGAGAACGUGUUGCUGCGGAACCACGAGAGUCGGCGCUUCUCCCCCGAGCAAGCGUACCGGCUGCAGCAGGGCAUCGUGACGAGCACGUCGCAGCAGAUGGUGGACCGCAUGUGCGUCAAGGUGAGGGAUCACCUCAACUCCCUGCGCAACGUUCAGGCGGAGAGCGUUCGCGACGACGUCAGGACCGCUGAGUCUCUCGUACGCGAUGCCAAGAACGCUCGCACAUUGCUGCCCAACCUGUACCACGUGGGUGCCGAGGCGUGGUACGGAGAGAGCGGCGCCCGCGGGUCGCCCAUUCAGGCCAAGCUGGAGCUCAUGGCCGGAGAGAUCACCGUGGUCGUCGAGAAGCAGCUGGAGACGCUGCUGGACUCGAUGCUGGACGCGGCGCAGGCGCUGUGCCCGCACGUGAUGAGGCCGGGCGGGGAGAUGCGGGAGGAGCUGCGUGCGUCCAGCGCCGGAAAGGUCUCCGUGCCGCAAGACUUCGUCCGCAAGGUCCUCCUCACGCAGGCCGCCGCCGACAUCCUCAAUAAAAUCAGCGAGGUGAAACUCGCCACGGCGUCGCACCUCUCCGACCGUCUCAUGGACGAGAUCCUGGGCAGCCUCUCCACGUCGCAGCAUCGGCUGGGUGAGCACGUGCACCGCUCGGGGCGCCCCGUCCCCCGCGCCCAGCGGCGAGACUCGGAGGAGCUUGACGCGCCGGAGGAGGGAACGCGCGAGCGGCGCGGCGACGAGAGAGAGCGGCGCGGCGACGAGAGAGAGCGGCGCGGCGACGAGGCCGCGGGGACGCACGAUGCCGAGCGGCACGAGGACGCGGACAGCUGCACGACGCUCUGUUGCCCGAGUCUCACCCCAAAAAGUAAACGGAAAAGCAUCUACAGCCGGAAACUACGCCCCGUGUCCAAGUUGUUUGAGUUUGAGAUCGACCCGGUCGCCAUGACGAGCACGACGGAGACAACCCUGACCCCGACCCCGACGUCGCUCCUGGAUGAGGCCGCGACUCCGGAGAGUCCUGGCGGCGGCGGCGGCGGCAGCGGCACGGACCGCAGCCCUCACGCCGCGUUGGCCGAGCUACCGUCCGAGGAGUGCCGCAAGCUGGAGCACGUGACCAAGGGGCGGCCUCGCAGGGCCAAGAAGCAACCGCUGGGGCGGCUGGCGUCCUGCACGGGCGGCAUCGCGGAGUCUCAGGAGGGCGAACAGAACGGCAUCAUGGGACGCGUGGAUGAGGGAGUCGAUGAGUUUUUCUCCAAGAAGGUGUCACGAGUCUCCUCCAAGAGGGGUUCGCUGCGGAGGGCCGAGUCCACGGACGCCGAUGCCUCCGAGAGGCGGCGCGACUCUAAGAAGGGGAGCUUCUUCGGGUUCAUGCGGCCACGGGGCAGCUACAAGGCCUCCCCCAGCCCCGGGCCCACGGCCGGCGCCGCGGCCCCAGGUCCGGCCGCGGAGCCCGCAGCGGAGGCCCCGAGGACGGAGGCCCCGAGGACGGAGGUGAAGGCCGCGGAGAUGGAAGCGCCGGCAAUCGCCGCUAAGCCCGACGAGGAAGAGCGGUCGCCGCACCCGUUCGCCGAGGACACCGUGAGAAGCGUGGAGCCUGCCAGGGCCGGGGGAGCGGCCAUCGAGCCUGGCAAAGUCGCGGCGGUGGCGGAGCCAAGCAAGCCGAGCCCCCCGGGAGCGCGACGUGUCCCGCCAGGCUACCCGGUGAUGGGGGGCAGCCUCCUGGCCGAGAUGAAGGCCAAGCAGGAGAGACGCGCCAUCAUCCAGCAGCGGAACCAGAAGUCAGCGGAGGCCGAGGGCCUGGGUCUCGGCGUCGCCGUCCCGCGCGAUGCCGCCGCGAAGGUCGCGCCGUUGUGUCCCGCGGGUCCCACCAGUCCCCGCGGGCCCCUGUCGCCCUCGCCGCCAAGCAAGCCGUCGCCCCUCGGCAAGCCGGCCUUCUCGCCACGGCCCAAGCCCAGCUGGACCUCAGAGGAGAGCGGGGACUCCGUGUCUCUGGGCCAGGGACGGUCUCCGUCGGAGAGCAGCGCCACUCCGGGCCACAGCAGUCGCUCUGCCACCCCCGAGGGUGAGCUCUCCGGUGAUGAUCUGAGGACGGAUACCGACAACGAGCUUGAGCAGAUGUCCCAACGUAACAACAACCUCACCAACCCAGCCCACGAGCAGCUAUCCCCCCUGCCGGGCACGCACGAGAAGCGGGGAGCGCCGGGCCCUGGCGCCGAACUUGCUUUGAGCAGCGGCGGCGGCGGCGGCGCGCACCGCAGCCACUCCGAGUCGGGGGGCGGUGAUGGCGACGAGCUGGCAGCGGCCUCCCGCGCCAGAAAGAAGGUGGUACAACGGCGGAAGGCGAGCCAAGACGGAUCGGGGGGUGGCACGCCGCACGGGGCGAUGAUGGGCACCGGGGCGGGGGGAGGGCCCACGCACCGCGACAAGUCCAGCGACUCGACGGACGAAGGCUGAUCGUCGUCGCUCCAGAGAGGGCGCCACGGAUGUGGGACGAGGGACUCCGCCGUGCUCACGUCACGGCCCGCUGAUCGGUGACCCCGAGGUGGUUUAAGGUCACUGGACCAUUUGUAUCCUCUGGAUUCUGUGCCAAGGCCAGUCUGCUGUUACUCUGCAGUCGUUUAAUCUCUUGUCUAUUUCAGACUCUGCCUUUUAUACGUGACAAAGGGUGGUGGAAAUGUGCCGGUAUACGCCGGUAUGCCUUACCGGCGCUUCUGGAGCACCAAAUACGCAUGUUCUGACACUUUUCGGAACCGUUUCCUAUUUCCGCGCCGCGAUGUUUCCGCAGAAGGGAAACGGCAGUGAUCAAUGGGCAGCAGCAAGAUGGGUAGGAUUCACACCAGCGCCUCUGCACUCACGUUCCCACCGCUGGGGACAGGCACACGGUAGUCUCAUUGCCGGCACUACAACGCAAGGCCAGAGGCGCGUGUCUGCGUUACGCGGGAAAAGCACAGAGAUGCACAAGUGGAAAGAUACCUGAAUGCUGUGGAGCAUUUUUUGGGGAAGGCACCAAUCAAAUUGCAGGGUUUGGUCGUUGGCAUCGUUGCUCGAUCUGUGGUUGAUUUUAAUUUUGCAGUUCAUGACUCGCUAUUUAUGUGUCUCACUCGGGGAUUCAGUGCAGGGUCGCCGCCACCUGUCCGGGUUUUACUCAAACAGUCCGGGAAUCGGGUGUCUGUGUUCGCGCGCCGGUAAAUGAUUUGUACCAAGGUCUGGCUGGUACUAGAGUUGUAUUGAACUUUAUUACAAUGUGUAUGGCACAGUUUUUGAUAAUAGGCCUUAGGCU